AUGGCGGACCUAGAGAAGGGCGGAAGCCCAGCGGUGGAUACACCAGCACCAGCACGGCCACAAGCCGAGGACAACGAGAAACAAGCGAUAGCGCCAGCGUCGUCGUCGUCCUCGUCGGCGGACUCCUCCUUGCAACGGCUGGACUCGCACAUCCAGGUCAAGAAGUCCGAGGGCCAGCAGGAAGACGAGCUCUCGCACCUGCCGGAAAACGAGCGCGAAAUCAUCCGCAGACAGAUCGACGUCCCUGUCGUCGACCUGUCGUACUGGAGUCUGUUUAGGUUUUCUAGCACUAAUGAUCUGAUAUUUAUUGCCAUCGGAUGUGUCACCGCCGUCAUCGGUGGUGCCAUCCUUCCUACUAUGACUAUUCUGUUUGGACAGUUGGCACAGACGUUUCAGGACUUUGCCCUGGGAAAGAUUACGAGCGGCUUCAUGCAGAGCGAGAUCAAUCGGUUUACCCUGUACUUUCUUUACUUGGGCAUCGGCGAGUUCGUGAUGGUGUACAUCUGCACGGUCUCCUUCAUCUACACGGGCGAGCACAUCGCGUCCAAGGUGCGGGAGUCGUACCUGAAGGCGAUCCUGCGGCAAAACAUUGGCUUCUUCGACAAGCUCGGAGCCGGCGAGAUCACCACGCGCAUCACGGCGGACACCAACGUGGUGCAGGAGGGAAUCUCGGAGAAGAUCGGACUCACCCUGACCGCCCUGGCCACUUUCGUCGCUGCCUUCGUCAUCGCUUUCAUCAAGUCAUGGAAACUGACUCUGAUCCUUAUGUCCACCGUCGUGGCUAUUGUAAUGAUCACCGGUGGUGCUUCGGGAUUCAUGAUCAAGUUCUCGAAGAAUUCGCUCAAUUCGUAUGCUGAAGGAGGCACGGUUGCGGAGGAGGUCCUAUCCUCUAUCCGUAACGCUCAGGCCUUCAAUACCCAGGAUAAGCUCGCUAGGCAGUACGACGGAUACCUGGCCGUUGCCGAGGGUUGGGGAUUCAAGCAACGUGCGCUGAUGGGCGCUAUGAUCGGUGGAAUGAUGUGUGUUGUUUACCUCAACUAUGGCCUCGCAUUCUGGCAAGGCUCUCGGUUUUUGGUCAGUGGCGACGCCAAUCUUAGUGCGAUUUUAACCGUCCUGCUCGCUGUCAUGAUCGGUGCAUUUUCCCUGGGCAAUGUUGCGCCUAACAUCCAAGCAUUCACCACCGCCGUCUCUGCCGCCGCCAAGAUCUACAACACCAUUGACCGUGUUUCCCCGCUGAACCCCGAUUCUGAGGAAGGAGACAAGCUCGAGCAUGUCGAGGGUACCAUCGAGCUCCGGGGCGUCAAGCAUAUCUAUCCUAGCCGACCCUCUGUCGAGGUCAUCAACAACAUGAACCUCUUGAUCCCCGCUGGAAAGGUUACCGCACUCGUCGGAGCGUCCGGAUCCGGAAAAUCGACCAUCGUGGGAUUGGUCGAGCGUUUCUACACUCCUGUCGCUGGCCAGGUCUUCCUUGACGGCCACGAUGUCAGCACCUUGAACCUGCGCUGGUUGAGAGAGCAGAUCUCGCUCGUGUCUCAGGAGCCCGUUCUGUUCGGAACCACCAUCUACGGAAACGUCUGCCACGGUCUGAUCGGAACCAAGCACGAGAAUGCAUCCGAAGAGGCCAAACGCGAUCUCGUGGUCAAGGCUUGCAUCAUGAGUAACGCGGACGGCUUCAUUCGGUCCCUUCCCGAGGGAUACGAGACCAACGUUGGAGAGCGAGGAUUCUUGAUGAGCGGUGGACAGAAGCAGAGAAUUGCCAUUGCCCGUGCGAUUGUUAGCGACCCGAAGAUCCUGCUCUUGGACGAGGCCACCUCCGCGUUGGAUACCCGAUCCGAGGGUGUUGUCCAGGCUGCUCUUGAUGCCGCCGCCCAGGGAAGAACUACCAUCGUGAUCGCUCACCGUCUCAGUACCAUCAAAUCCGCACACAACAUCGUCGUCAUGACUGCAGGUCGUAUCGUCGAACAGGGAAGGCACGACGAACUUUUGGAGAAGAGGGGCGCAUAUUUCCAGCUGGUCGAGGCCCAACGCAUCGCCGCCUCCAGCGAGAACACGCUCACCGAAACCACCGACGAUGAUGAGGAACUCAAGCUCAAGGUCACUCGCAGCCGUGCUUCCGGACGCGGAAUGGUCCCAAUCGAUCCCGACGAUGAGGCCAUCCACGACAAGCUCAACCGCACCACAACCACCAAGUCUAAGUCGUCCGUGGCUCUUGAGAACAGGUCCCAGGACGACAAGACCGAGUACCCGUUCUGGACUUUGGUCAAGAUGACAGCUGGAUUCAACAAAUCAGAGAAGGGCUACAUGCUUGUCGGACUCGGAAUGUCCGUCAUCUGUGGUGGAGGAUACCCGACCCAGGCAGUCAUCUUCGCUAAGGCUAUCACGGCUCUGUCCAGACCCCCGUCCGAGUUCGAUCAGGUCCGCAAGGAUGCAAACUUCUGGUCCGGAAUGUACCUCAUGCUUGCGUUCGUGCAGUUGAUUGCAUACAUGGGCCAAGGCUACUGCUUUGCUUUGUGCGCCGAGAAGUUGGUGCACCGAGUCAGGGACCAGGCGUUCAGGACCAUGCUCCGACAGGACAUUGCUUUCUUCGAUAAGGAGGAGAACAGCACUGGUGCUCUGACUAGUUUCCUGAGCACAGAGGCUACUCAUCUUGCCGGCAUGUCUGGUGUCACCCUCGGCACAAUCCUCGCGGUCAUCACGACUCUCGUUUCGGCUAUGGUUGUGGGUCUCGCUAUCGGAUGGAAGCUGGCUUUGGUUUGCACGGCGACCAUUCCGAUCCUGCUCGCUUGUGGAUUCCUCCGAUUCUGGAUGCUUGCCCAGUUCCAGCGCCGCUCGAAAGCCGCCUACGAGAAAUCCGCCAGUUACGCCUGCGAGGCCACCGCCGCCAUCAGGACUGUGGCUAGUUUGGCCCGCGAGCGUGAUGUCUGGAACACCUACCACGGCCAACUCACGGAACAGGCCAAAGUUAGUCUCAUCAGCAUCCUCAAGAGCAGCAGCCUCUAUGCCGCCUCGCAGUCUCUCAUGUUCCUCUGCAUGGCCCUCGGCUUUUGGUACGGAGGUAGCUUGAUCCGCUCCGGCGAGUACGACAUGAUGAAGUUCUUCCUGGUCUUCACCGCCAUCAUCUUCGGUGCGCAGUCUGCUGGAACCGUCAUCUCCUUCACCCAGGACGCUGCCAAGUCCCGCCAGGCUGCCAACAAUCUCAAGAUCCUCUUCGACCGCAAGCCGGAGAUCGACUCGUGGAGCUCCGAGGGAGAGGCCGUGCCCGAGAUGGAAGGCGCCAUCGAGUUCCGCGACGUGCACUUCCGCUACCCCACGCGUCCCGAGCAGCCCGUUCUCCGCGGCCUCGACCUGACCGUCAAGCCCGGGCAAUACGUAGCGCUCGUCGGGCCGUCCGGCUGCGGCAAAUCCACGACCAUCUCACUGAUCGAGCGCUUCUACAACCCGCUCGCGGGUGGCGUCUUCGUCGACGGCAAGGAGAUCUCGACGCUCCGGCUCAACGAGUACCGCAGCCACAUCGCGCUCGUCUCGCAGGAACCCACGCUGUACCAGGGCACCAUCAAGGAAAACAUCCUCCUCGGCGGCGACCGCAAGAACGUCUCGGACGCCGAGGUCGAGAAGGCCUGCAAAGACGCCAAUAUCUACGACUUCAUCAUGUCCCUCCCCGAGGGCUUCAAUACCCUCUGUGGCUCCAAGGGCGCCCUGCUCUCCGGCGGUCAGAAACAGCGUAUCGCGAUCGCCCGCGCGCUCAUCAGGAACCCCAAGGUCCUCCUCCUCGAUGAGGCUACCUCCGCGCUUGAUUCGGAGAGCGAGAAGGUUGUCCAGGCGGCUCUGGAUGCUGCGGCGAAGGGACGGACCACGGUCGCGGUGGCUCAUAGGCUGUCGACGAUCCAGAAGGCGGACGUCAUCUAUGUGUUCGACGGUGGACGCGUGGUCGAGAGCGGUACGCACUUUGAACUGCUCGCGCUCAAGAAGAAGUACUACGAGCUCGUCAAGAUGCAGAGUCUUGAGAAGACGGCAUAG